AUGAUUAAUACGAGCAUAACAACAAUCAAAGAUUUUGUAAUACUUGGAUUCCCAGGACUUGACCCUGCGUAUUAUGGACCUGUAUCUACUCUUCUUUUCCUCACCUACUUGGCUAUUCUUGUUGGAAACAUUUUUAUUUUAGUUUUUGUUGGGGUUGAGAAGCAUCUUUAUAAGCCAACAUAUCUGAUCUUCUGUCAUCUGGCAAUGAAUGAUUUGUUAUUUGGGACAGUGACAUUACCAAGAAUGAUAUCCAGAUAUUGGUGGGAUGACAAGAUCAUACCUUUUGGUGCCUGCUUCACUCAGAUGUAUUUUGUUCAUUCCUUGGGAGCGAUUCAUUCUCUCCUGCUGCUGAUUAUGGCUGUUGAUCGUUUCAUUGCAGUUUGUUUUCCUUUAAAAUAUCCUGUUCUAAUUACAAACAACAUUAUUUCCAUAGCUUGCUGGGUGUCAUGGAUUGGGACAUUUCUCAGGAUGAUAGGACUUGUGCUUCAUGCCCUAACCUUGCCUUACUGUAACUCUAACAUCAUCGUGCAGUGUUAUUGUGACAACCCUUCAAUUACAAACCUGGCAUGUGGUGGAGAUGUAACAUCUGUAAAGACUGUUGCGGUUGGUUUUGCAAUGUUUAGUCUCUUGCUUCCACUUUCAUUCAUAAUUUUUUCCUAUAUUCUCAUCUUUGUCAUUGUUUCAAAAAUGCAAAACACUGAGGGACGAUACAAAACCUUAUCAACUUGUACACCGCAGUUAUUCAUUUCUUGUCUGUAUUACCUGCCAAGGUGUUUUGUUUAUUUAGCUCACGCUACAGGGUUCUCUUUCAGCAUGGACAUCCGCAUUUUAUUGAUACUGUUGUACAGUCUUCUUCCUUGUGCGGUAAAUCCAAUCAUAUAUUGCUUUAAAACCAAAGAUAUCAAAGAUAUUUUAAUGAAGAGAUUAAGAAAUAUUAGAGUUGGAAUCAAGUAA